GACCUUUGAAGUCGAGUUAAUAACUUUAAUAGCUUAAUUGUGUAUAAGUGGAAUGACUUAGGCAUGUCAGCCAUUCCACUCAGUUCUCUGUACUGCUAGCUGCCCUUCAUAACUACGGUUCUGUGACCUGAAAUGGUUUUUAUUCGUUUAUUUUGUUUUGGUUUGGUUUUUUUAUGAUGGGUGGGACACGGCUAUUUAUAACAUAAACAUUAACUUUAUUUCCCCUGGUGCAGAAGCCUAGGUCAAUAAAUCCGGAGUCGGCACUACCAUCCUAUAGAGAAAGCGUGUGUUAUAGCGCGGAGAGCCGCCCGUCACGUGCGGCAGGAGGGAGAUGCGCAGCCGAAGGUGACAGACGCCGCGUGUGCCGGUGUGCACAGCACAGCGCAGCCCCGCACAGCCCGGUACAGCCCCGCACAGCCCCGCACAGAGGCUGGGGCGGGCUGGCGGAGGCCGCGGCCCCUCUGCCCAUCCAAGCGGAGCCGCGCCGGCCGGGAGGGUGCGGGCACCGGGCUGCGGACACCGCGCUCACGGUCCCAGCGCGGCGGCAGCACCCCCGGGGCUCGGGUGGCAGAAAUGGAAAAUCCUGAAGUGGCCGUGAGCAGCUGCAGUUCUCAUGAUGUUGAAAACGUUUGCAGCUACAAACGGCACCCGUCUAUAUCACAGGAGGGGCUUUUGGAAGACCAGCUUAGAAGGAAGUUAAAAUUUUUCUUCAUGAACCCAUGUGAGAAAUUCUGGGCCCGGGGCAGAAAGCCUUGGAAACUUGGGAUUCAGUUACUCAAAAUAGUAAUGGUUACAGUUCAGCUGGUGGUUUUUGGAUUGAGCAACCAAAUGGUGGUAGCCUUCAAAGAAGAGAACACUAUUGCAUUCAAACACCUCUUCUUGAAAGGAUACAUGGACAGAAUGGAUGAUACCUAUGCUGUAUACACACAAACAGAUGUCUAUGACCAGAUAUUCUUUGCAAUAAACCAGUACUUACAGCUGCCCAACAUCUCUGUUGGAAAUCAUGCUUAUGAGAAGAGGGGAGCAGAGGAGACAGCUCUGGCCAUUUGUCAGCAGUUCUACAAGCGAGGAAUCAUCUGUCCUGGAAAUGACACCUUUGAUAUAGACCCAGAGAUUGUGACUGACUGCUUGUACAUUGAGCCAAUGACACCGUUAGACAACACAACAGUGGGAAAGCACAAUUUGAAUUUCACUCUGGAUUUCCACAGACUGGUGACCGUGCAGCUCACGUUCAAUCUGAAGGCAAUCAACCUCCAGACCGUUCGUCACCAUGAGCUCCCUGACUGUUACGAUUUCACUUUGAGGAUAGUGUUUGAUAAUAAAGCACAUAGUGGAAGAAUUAAAAUAAGUCUCAACAACGACAUAGCGAUCAGGGAAUGUAAAGACUGGCAUGUUUCUGGAUCAAUACAGAAGAACACUCAUUACAUGAUGAUCUUUGAUGCUUUUGUCAUAUUGACUUGUCUGGCCUCAUUGAUCCUUUGCACACGAUCAGUGAUUAAAGGAAUUCGGCUCCAAAGGGAAUUUGUAAGCUUUUUCCUAUAUUAUUAUAAGAAAGAAGUGCCUUUCAGUGAUCAAAUGGAAUUUGUCAAUGGAUGGUACAUCUUGAUUAUGGUUAGUGAUGUCUUAACUAUUGUUGGAUCAACUCUAAAGAUGGAGAUACAAGCCAAGAGUCUGACAAGUUAUGAUGUCUGUAGCAUACUCCUAGGAACAUCCACUAUGCUUGUAUGGCUUGGAGUCAUUCGCUACCUAGGUUUCUUUCAGAAGUAUAAUCUUCUCAUCCUAACCCUGCGAGCGGCACUACCCAAUGUAAUGAGGUUCUGCUGUUGUGCUGCUAUGAUCUACCUGGGCUAUUGUUUCUGUGGAUGGAUUGUACUGGGACCAUACCAUGUGAAGUUUCGCUCUCUGAACACAGUUUCUGAAUGCCUUUUCUCAUUGAUCAAUGGAGAUGACAUGUUUGCCACCUUUGCAAAAAUGCAGCAGAAAAGUUACUUGGUUUGGUUAUUCAGCAGGAUCUAUCUCUACUCCUUCAUCAGUCUGUUCAUCCAUAUGGUGCUGAGUCUCUUCAUUGCACUCAUUACAGAUACGUAUGAAACAGUCAAGCACUACCAGCAAGAUGGCUUUCCAGAGACAGAACUUCAAAGAUUUAUAUCACAGUGCAAAGACUUACCGAACUCUGGCAGGUACAGGUUAGAGGAGGAGAGUUCUGCAUCUCUCUUCUGUUGUUGUAAUGGUUGUAAUGAACAUAUUUAAUGGAUUGUGGGAGUGUAUCAUGGAGGCUUUAAAGUAGCACACAUUGGAAGAACUGGACGACAGAUCUUCUGGAAAACCUUAUAUCUAAAGCUUGAAUUUGCUUUUCUUGAGAAACAGUGUAAGCCUGUGCCAGAAGCUUAUGCUAAACUUACAGACUUUUUGAUUAGACACUCACUGCUAAUUCAGGGGGUUUGGGUGUUUGUUUAUGUUAGCUUUAUUCUAUUUGUUUUCUCGGUUAAAUUGUGCUAGAAUGCAAAGGGCACCAAAAAGCUGUCUGUGUUCAGAGUCUUGGCUAGGUUAUAAGAGUAGACCAGAAAUGUAGUAACUUUCAACUAUAAUUAGAACUAGUGUUGGACAACUGCAGCUUUGAACACCAACCUAACCCUCAGUACUGCUGCCAUUAUCUGUCCAUGGUUGACCUGUUACAGAAUGAAUGAAAGCUCACUCUAGAGUUCUCGGAAUUUUUUGUUUAUUUGCACUCAUAGUAAAAAUAAAAACUAUGAAAUUUGGUGUAAUUUUUUUCUGGAGUCAUUACAGUGAGUUGAUACACAAACCAUUCAAAUAUAGCUGAAAGCAUACAAUAAAUAUUUCCUUAAACAGAAGUACCACCUGAUGUGAGUGGCAGUCUCUUCUCAGAGAGGCCAGGAUAUGCCAGGCUGAACCAGAGCUUGAGGGGUGAGUAGUGUGGAGAACUGUAGAUAUUCUGUAUCCAGCACUCGGUAGGAUCAGUGACAGCCUUCAACUUUAUAGUGUGUGGACAUUUCAAAAUAUCUAUUUUGUUACUUUGAAAUCUUCCUCUGGUUUACAAGUCUGUGGUAAAGUCUCCGGUUUACACGUUUGUAAACCUGAAGUGUAAACUAAGUUAAAUACACAGAAGAUAUGUCUCUGAGGGUCAUAUUCCUCCACACUUUAGAACUUGGAUGUUUCCUAUCAACAACCUGCUACUGUCAAUGGCCGGCUGAAACAUUAACUCUUAUAAAAGUUCGGUUUUGACAACUUAGUUUAUAUACUUUGUGAUAAUAUUUAAUUGAUGGCUUAUUUUCUAUAGUCUAUUCACUCUAGGAGCAGAACAGAAAACCGAAGGGAAACAUAUUUUUGAUAACUUGCAUUUGUGAGCAACAUUGCUGGAGCUGUAUGUGACAAUGUAUAAUGUUGUGGAGGACACUGAACACGUUCUGUCUGAAUGCUUACACAUUGUAAAUGUGCUACAAUAAACACUUCCAGCUGCAAAAUAUGAUGACUCAGUCAGAUUUAGAUCUGAAAGAGACGGCUUUGA